UGCAGUGGUGAUUAGUUUUUUGUCCAUCAUCAUCCCUCAGAGAUUUCCCGAUUCUAAUUCAAAUCGGUUUGCUCGUUCCGUUCGUCCGGUCGUCUACAGUAGAACGGUAUCUUCCCUCCCGGGUUCGGAAAGAUUUCGAUCAUAAUCGGGUCGGAUUCUUAUUUUUCUGCCGAAUUUUCCGUGCACUUCCGCGAGCGACUUGCGUUUUUUUCGGUCAGCUGGUGAAAGAUUUUGUGUUAUUGAAAAAAAAAUCUUUAUUAAGGUUGCAGUUUAUCGAGGUUUCUGCUUCAUGGUGUGAGGCAACCUGCAAGUGAAAAAAAACUAAGACGAAUCACCGGAUCCGACAACCUAGUGAGUGAGUGAUUCAACAAAACCGGUACUGAUUUAAGUGAAAAUCAAACAGCAAACGGGCUGCAAAAUGUAGCUGUGCAAAAUUGAAAGUAAAUUGUGUUUAAAGACGAAAAAACAAAACGGGAAUAACGAAAAAAGGUUGAACUUUUUUUUUGAAACUCAGUGAAUCGGUGCUAGGGGAAGAGAAUGUCUCACCCAAGCCACUUCCAGCCGUGGAAGCAAAACCGGCCUCCUCUAGUCCUGCCGCUCCAACAGCAUCAACAACAACAACAACAGGGCAGCUAUGGAAAAUUACCGGCCAUGGCACACCAGCAACAGCUGCCGGAAGGUCACCUUCAUCUCCAUCAACAGCAGCAGCAACAGUUUCUGUUGGGUGGUGGUAAUCCCCAGCAGCAGCAGCAAACCACCUUGGCGCAUCUUCCGCCACCCACACCUCAACCGGCACCGGUCAUCCAGUCGGCCGCGGUCGCUUCCAGCAGCUCCAACGCGAGCAAUGCCAUCUCUUCGUCGACGGCGGCCGGAACCGGUCCCGGUGCAACCAGUCCCGGGGCCAUGAGUGAUUUUCUCUCCCAACUUGGGGCCAACAAGCUGAUGCUCGGCAAGCUGAGCGCCAGCUAUGGACUGUUGGCGAUGGAUCAAAAUUCGCAACAGCAGCCGGGCCAAAUUGUGACCGGGCAGCAGCAACAGUUGCAUCAGCCUGCAUCGGGGCUGCCCGGGCCGCUGGACGAUUGUGCCAAUGAUAAGGAACGGGAGCUUCGCAUUCAGCAGAUUUUCGAGAACGCUAUCAGCGAAAACUCCAAGAAACAGAUAGUGGAUAUUUUGGAAAAAGUUUCCAUUUUGCGGCCCCCUGAACGUUUACUUUUGUACCUGCGUAUGCCCGGUGGUUAUCCAGAGACAGAUCCCCUGCGGCAGUCUCAAAACCCACUGGGAACACGUUCCGAGAUUAACCACACCAUCAAUUGGGUUCGGUCCCAUCUAGAACACGACCCUAACGUGUCCAUCCCAAAACAGGAAGUGUACGAUGACUAUACUUCCUACUGCGAGAGAAUCGACAUCAAACCGCUGUCUACGGCCGACUUCGGUAAGGUUAUGAAGCAAGUAUUUCCCGGUAUAAGGCCGCGGCGUCUCGGUACCCGGGGCCAUUCCCGCUAUUGCUAUGCCGCCAUGCGUAAAGCCACCAAACUGGCAGCCCCGAAGCUGCCUGAUCUCAGCACCGGCGAUAGUGGAGAUAAACCGGAACAGGAAGAGCAGAUGCCCACGGAUGAGGAAGCCUGGAAGGUGAUCAAGUUUUGGGCCGAAGCUAUGCUGCCGAGUGCUUUCGGGAGCAUCAAUGAGCUGGCCGGCUUCAUCACCCGAAACAAUCUUAACUCCCCGGCCAGUAUCGCUAGCCGGCAGUUGUUGCAGAAAAAGUUGCUGCAGCGAGAAAACAAGGAGCGCAAGAAGUUGACGGCCGCAGCAAUGAAAAAGCGUCGACGGAAACGUCGCAAGACUACUUCCGCCAGCAUCGACUCGGAGGUUGCCCCAUCAGAAGCUGAUGGUCCUGCUACACCGAUGCCACCCAGAGCAUCUCCGUUGAAAGGACAGCACCCUCCGAAUCUGCCGUCCGUCGGUGAUAUUCUACAGCAAACGAUCAAAAACGAACAACCGGAGUUCACAGACGAGGACAAUAAUAACAAUCCUUCGGUGGCCCUGUCCAAACAGCAGCAGCAGCAACAGCAUCUGCAAGUACAAAGUACAAAUUUUAACUGUGAUACCAACAACGGAUCCCUGGCAGCUGUAGCAGCUGCAGUGGCGAUCCGGGAGAUGCGGAGCCCUGCUGAGUACAAUAUUUUCUGCAAGAAAGUAAGACAAGCACAGCAACUGAAGGCCCAACAAAUGAGCCAGCUGCAGGCACCAAGCCAAACUUCUCAAACGAUCCCGGGUCCGAUAAGGCCUACAAGUGCAGCGGCAAAGCGGGCAGCUACCAUAGCGCAGUUAAAUCGCCAAAAAAGACUCCGACUGCUGCAACAGCAUCAGCAGCAAUCGAUCGAAGCACAAAACAAUACUGCUCCCGCGUACGAUGAAAUGGGUAAUUUGAUACUCAUCGAUUCGAAUGAACUAGUUACCAGCAGUAGAGACGACUUCAUCAUUCCUCGCGAACGAGUCAUCAGCAUUUGUAACAUGGACAAAAAUGCAUUGGACGGUUACCUGAACUGUGACGAGGAAAAUUCGCAAGACCAGGAUCAGGAGCUGCUGCAGUACUUCCCAGACGAAAAUCAGGCUGAUGGCUCCAAUAACGCAUUAAGCAUGAACAGUUCAGGUAUUGAGUCGAGUAGCGGAAUCGGAAACUCCUUGGAACACAAUGAAAACUCGUUGAAGCUAUCCCAGUUGAGAAGUAUGCUGGAGCAGAACAUGAACGCAGGCGGAACGGAUAAGGUAGGUGGACAACUUGAUAGUUUCGAUGGGGCCAGCAUAGGGCAGCAAAUGAAUCUUCAGCCUGGAUCAGCUGCUGCUUCAUUAGCCAUGCUAUCACAACGUCAUCAGGGGAGUUCUGUAGGUACCUCAGGUGAAGGAGCAGCCUCCAACAAUUCAGGUGUUAGAAAUAGCUCGGUAAAAGUAGAGAGUAGCUUUAACAGUGUAGGUAAGAACGCAGUAGGAUCGUCGGGUCAAAGUUCUGCGCCAUUACAGAGCCCCAAUGGGCGAAGGAAAAAUUAUAAUUUCGUUCCAAUAUCAGCGGGUCCGCAAAGUCCUAGAGGCAUAUCGCACAAAACUACUCAGCAGAAUAGCACCCCGAAUGCUAGUCCUUUUGUAAGCCCUAGAAAUACUCCCAUUCAUCGAAAAAAUAAACCCCCGAGCAACGGGUUAACUGUCAACAUUUCUCAUCAGGGUCAACUUCCUGGCUACCAACAGCGACCUUCGUUCGUCAAGAACGAAUUUCCUUCCUCCGCACCACCAUCUCCUUCACUGAUGCCAAAUUAUAGAUUCAGUAUGAAUCCCAACAAUUUGCAUUGCUCGAACAACAUGAUUCCUUCCUUUCAACCAAUUUGUGGACCAUCCUCCCAAAUGCAACCUCAUCCCAACUUACCCGGGUCCCUUGAAUCCCGAUCGAGCAGUGUACCUCUAAUACCCAACUACGAGGCGUUCAACCAUUCAAAUUUCACUUCUGUCUCUCAAACCCCUGUACCUUCGGAAUGUGAAGAUUUCAAUGAUCCCAAUAAUAUCCUGGACAUGUUGACGGAACCUUCCUCUUCAGAUAACAUUCAACAAUCGAUCAAAUUGGAAGAAACCGAGCCAAACAUUGCAGACAUUCUGGACCAGGAUGACAUGUUCCAAAAAACCGCUAUCUCCUCUUUCAACAAUCUAUCACGAUCGGUACCUUCAACACCUCUCCCACACCAAAUAUCCUUCAAUCCUUUGAACGCUCAAGGAUUCGCCACCCUUAACGCUUCCAAUUCAAAAUCACUCUUCGAGCUACCGAAGUCCGUUCCUUCCACUCCCUCGAUUUCCCUCAAUAACGGAAACAGAGAACAACUGUUCCUAUACAGUCCGGAAACUUCUCGUGAUUUUCUCAUCAACGGCAACUCGGUCGAACGUAGUAGCAAUGGGAAGUUGAACUCAUUCUACCAAACGCAAGCGGCGACCGGAAACAACCCUAAUUCUUCAUCAACCACUAACAACAACAACAACGGUAGUGUCCCAACAAACAGUGUAACUCAUUCGGGCAACGCCUCCGCCAACAACGGUGCCACGGCACCAGAAAUGUCCAUCCUCUCGGACGGCAUCGAAAGCUUCACGGAAGCCCUAAUGGAAUCCGACACUCUGCGCUAUCUGUAGAAUCACACAGAAGGCACCACUUCUUCUUAGAGAGGACUUGUCUAAAAUCAUUCCAAAACCUCACACAUAACUAACUAUAUACUGAUUCAUCAUUCGCCGUCGUCGUCGCCGUCGUCUUGUAGCGUCUUACUACAUUGUAGUUAUAAUGUAAGUACACUUGUUGCUUUUAUUAGUAAUUUAUUCUCCACGUGCCGCGGUCUGUUUUGCUGGGGCUUGCCGGCAGCCUUCUCAUCACACCUCAUUCCGUCAGUGGCUCUUUGCCCCUCGAUUUGAAUCAA